AUGCGCUGCCUUCUACUAUCCGCUCCCAUCAUCGCCCCAUCCAUCUGCCCCUCUCCACCCCCAUCAUCGCCUCAUCCAUCUGCCCCUCUCCACCCCCAUCAUCGCCCCAUCCAUCUGCCCCUCUCCACCCCCAUCAUCGCCCCAUCCAUCUGCCCCUCUCCACCCCCAUCAUCGCCCCAUCCAUCUGCCCCUCUCCACUCCCAUCAUCGCCCCAUCCAUCUGCCCCUCUCCACUCCCAUCAUCGCCCCAUCCAUCUGCCCCUCUCCACUCCCAUCAUCGCCCCAUCCAUCUGCCCCUCUCCACUCCCAUCAUCGCCUCAUCCAUUUGCCCCUCUCCACUCCCAUCACCCCCCCAUCCAUCUGCCUCCACAAACCCUUAUGCCUCGGCAAGUGCACCAUCAACAGCAGGCUGUGUGCGUUCUUAGACGAUGCGCGGCUUUAA